AUGGCUCGUUUCGUAUCAACUUGCAGUACGAGGUUGUUCGAGCACUGCCGCCGACGUAUUAGUACAACAUGGAGGCUGUUCGCGGUGCCACUCCGUGUUCCGCAACCGCGACCACCAUUUUGUCAUGCGGCGCUGUCAGACCCAACCUCGCAGAUUGUUGAUACUGUAUGCACGACUGUUCGCAGCUUGACUAACACAUCGUGA